GCUCAGAUAAAGCGAGUGAUGAGCACCACCUGGUCCAUGGCGCAAUGUUCGCGGCCACGUUGACAGGAAUGACGACCUCUCAAGCGGGGAUUGCCGGAAACUGCAGUCUCAUCACUAGCUCGAGAGUAACAAGAGCUUUGCCCCAUGGCAGAAGAAAAUUGCAUAGGAUCUAAUGACAAGCUCCACUCCAGAACUUCUUGUCUGUUCCAGAAUACGGUAUAUAUCUCCAACAAAAGGGAAUAUCAGCUACCUCAAGGUCGACUAUAAAAUGCCAUCUCGACGCUCCCCAUUCCGUCCAUCCCACUCAUACUCACCACCCAGUCCAUCUCAACAACAGCCACGAUGCGCAAUCCAGCAGAAACAGAGACCGCACGGGAACACGUCGUCGACAAGCUCACUGAGAUCUUCCGGGAAUUUGGCUGCGCCUGCACGGUCCUGGACGCAUCCAGCCCGCGGACGGCGCAGACACAACGUCUGGUUAUCCCGGACGAUACGGUGAUUGUCAUCGGCGCCAGCUUAGAGGUCUGCCACGACACCUCGUCGCUCCUCCGGUUCCUGCCCCUGGGCGAAGAAGGCUCCCGGUGGCAUCUCGGGUUCCGACCGCCGCUUACCCCCGACCAACGAUGCCGUCUCGAGCAGGAAUUCCCGGGCUGCGAGGUCCGUUGGGCGACUGGGUUUGUGGUUCGAGGCGAGACGGUGCGCGUGGUUGUUAUGGUGGCACUGUGAUGUUGGGAAUGUGCGGGCGGAGGAAGU